AUGGUGGUUCGCGGGAAAGCAUUUGAUUCAUUGAGACUCACUUUGGACACGUGGUCAAGCUUGUCGUUUCAUGCGGAUUCUUGUGAGUCUAUUUCAAGUGGAGACAUAUGCACGACCAAUCAUGGCAGAUACACCGCGCUCAAUGCUGGAUCCAUCCCACAUUUGCUCACGCUAGUUGAGCACGAAAGAAGCUUGGUCCGGGUGAACGCUUUGAAAGUGCUUACUUGCUUAGCGGAGACCCCCGAAGGACGACGUAUUCUUCUGGAUCAUUUGGACAUAAUUGAGCCGCAUCAGAGUGACGUGAACGCGGCGGUGGCGAAACAUGCGCGAAUCGCUGUGUCCGUCAUCACCUGGAAACCUUGAAAACUGCCUCCGAAUCAUACCGUUUUGUGAAGUCUUUUGGCGCUCGUCCACAUCCAUCGAUGUUCCGCGUCGGCUUCACUGUGACUGGAGUGACUUUUGUCCUUAUGCGCAUUGUGCAUCUGAGUUACCCAUAGCUUCGAAUGGCCACCUUACUUGAUAGGAACGAAUUCUACCAGAGUACCAGCGCCUUUUUCCAUUACAUCAACAAGACCUUGGCUACUUGAUAUGUAAAUUAAGGGUUAUAGAUUUCCAUCGUUACCUAUAUAACUCCUCUAAUGAUUGCACCGCGUGCCCGAAAACCGUUGAAUAAUUUCAACAUUUAGGCCUUUGGCCACACACCAAUUCAACAUUCAGUUGUCUAAUUAAGGUUUCAUAACACAUGCGGUUAUGUCGAAAAGAUGACCAUCAGCUUCCCAGAAAAACAGAAAAUGCUUUCAUUCCUCUGUUGUCAUUGAUGUACCAGUAGAUCGAACGUACUAAAGUG